AUGUCUAACAUGAUUACGCAAACAGUAUUUCAUCAACAUGCUUUGCCCAACACCGUUUAUCAUGCGUUAUACGGCUAUUACUUCCUGGGAAUAUCCAGAACGGAACUUGCACAAAUAUACGGAAAAUCUAUAUCAACUAUAGGCAAUUGGAUAAUUAAAUAUGAACAUGACGGAGUAUACAAACGAAAGCAGAGAUUACAGGUUUACAAAAAAUUCAGUAUUGAAAAAAGACACUGGAUUGUUGAACUCUUCAAUCGAGAACUCAUACUGUUUUUGGAUGAAGCGAAACAUAGAUUCUACCAAAAGUUUUUCGUUUCCAUCAGUGCAUCAUCAAUAUGUAUCAUUCUUCAUGAAGCAGGCAUGACGUGGAAAUGUAUAGAGCGAAGAGCCAUACAAAUUCGGGAGGAUGAAAUUACGAGGUUCAUUCGAGAGUUAUUAUCCAUUCCUUGGGAUCUCAGUAAUCUCGUUUUCUUGGACGAAGUAAGCUUCGACAAUCGCGAUAUGCUGCGCAAAAAGGGAUAUGGUGUGGUAGGGAAAAAAUUUAUUUUUCGCGGUGAAUUCUACAGAAAACCACGAGUAUCGUUCCUGUGUUUUCUCGGCGUUGGUGGAAUGAUUGACAGUUUCUGGACCGAUGGAACUUUUAACAGAUUAAAGUUUUUUGAUUGUUGCCGAAAGUUUGCCCUGAUGAAUAAAGAGGUACAUGAAUAUCCGGGUUUACACUCUAUCUGGAUUAUGGACGGUGCAAGGAUCCAUUGUGAUGCAAAUAUGAUACGCUACCUUCGAUCGAUUGGCAUAAUUCCGAUAUUUUUACCACCGUAUUGUCCAUUUUUUAAUCCAAUCGAGAUUGUAUUUGGACUUAUGAAGAGACUAUUGAGAAAAGAGCAUCUUGAAGGUUCUCCGAUCCUCUCUGAUAUUUGCGAUGUAGUUACCCGUUUCAGAAUAUUCCCAGCGACAAAAAUUUUUGAGCACUGUGGUUACCUUCCGGGUGGUACAUUUCUGCCAGAAAAUGGAUUGCGUCAUGAAAUAAUUAGAUAA